AGGACCCCGCUUUCUCGCACACAACAUUUCUCUCGUCCUUGGACCAAUAAUUUGGCAUUUUAUAACUCCAUAACGACCUUCGCCAAUCUACUAUACAAUGCGUCUCUUGCGGGUGAUAUGCCUUCUGGCAGCUCAUGGGCUGUACAUAUCUACCGUCUCCGCGGUUCUCGACCGGUCUCGCUCCCAGUUCCGGUCAUGGUUUCCCACAAUAGAAAAAUACUCCAAAGAACAUUGGAUGAAGGAAGAUUGCCCUAAAGAGUUCGAGGCCUAUUUCGAUGAGAACCUAAAGGAAGAAGGUGGUGCUCACGUCUACUCAAGCGACUUGAUGAACUGUAUUCUCAAUGUCUAUGGAGAGGUCAACAAAGCAAACAUGGCCGUCACAGCUAUCCUGCUGGCGCUUCUUCCCGGAGGUCUGGUACAGUUUGGACCUAGCAUGGCUGAGAUAAGCCUCUUGAGCACCCGCAGACCAAUCCUUGCCAUGCUCCUAGGCUUUGGACUAAUGUCACCAAACCCUAACGAGUUUGAGUACGAGGCCAUAUUGGAGAAAGCCUCUAACAACAACGAACCCCUUGUACCCCUACGCAUUUUAGAUGGACGCUCCUUCGCUGCAAAGGUUCUUGUGUCUCUUGUUGAAUAUGGUAUCGGGUUGGCCGCGACGGGAAACUUGUUCUGGGAAGUCUAUAGGUUCACGUAUCAGGCCAUAUCCCUUGCCCCGAUGGUCGUCUACAUUUACGGCUUGCCAGAGACAUCUAUACUGUUUGGUUGGGCCUUUCUGAACAUACCAAUCUACCUGCUAAGCUUUGGCGUCUUCGCAUUGACCUUCCGCCGGACGACAUCAAGAAGCAAUCUUGUUAGCUUUAUCGUUGGCGAGCUGACUCCUUGUGGCCAAGGCCGAAACCUUACAAUCAGGCGCCGAGACAACAGGCGGUUUCAACAGAACCUUCUUGGGACUGCUGUCAGAGUGAUUGGAGGUCUUCAUAUCAUUCUUGGCACUGUUCUCAUCGGUAGCAUUGUUCUUAUCCCUUUGGCAGACUCUUUGCCGGUUAUCUACACCUUUGUCUUCGCGGCUUUAUUUACAAGGGCUGUCUUGGUUUACGAGUUAAAUGGUCUGGCGAGAAAGACGACUAUAGAGAAGGAGAACAUGUCACGGGAAGCUGAUGCUGAGGCUAAAGGUCUUCUAGGCGUUAAUUGUAUCCCACUGACCCAAAGGGAUAUGGAAGAGUAAUGCGAUCUGAUAGCAUGCCAGCACCGUGACCAGUGUUUACAAGGGGCCUGGUGUUUCGGAGGUGGAGAGGACUGCUUGGAGGGAGGAUAUCAAGAAGGGAUCGAGUACUGGUAACUUGUCUUGAAAGACAUUAGUAGAGUGUAGGCUUGAGAUUGAACGAGAUGAGCGAUUUCAUUGUUUGCAUUAAA